AUUUAGAUAUGAUGGAUCAAGAAGUUGCAAAAUAUCUGAGAAUCGCAUCAUCAAAAAAGAAAAAGGACAUUGGAGCGAUCGACUUUUUUACCUCAAUGAAUGCUAUGUGCCAGGACCGCGGCUCGAUGUCUGCAGCAUGGAUUCGUGGAGUAGACCGUCUCAAGAACCUGAAUCUGAAGCGACGACUGAAAGCAAAUUGGUUAAAUACUGCUAAGAUUCGUAACGCUUUCUGGAAUGAACUUGAUGAACAAGAAUGAAAUAUGCCAGGAUCAUAAUAAGUAACGAGAACGAAAGAAAGAUGUCUUUAUUAUGAUCCAGGGAUCUUCGUUAAAUAAAAAGGUAUCUCACUCAAGUUCAUCGACUCACACUACAUCAUCAUCCACAAAUUCAAUAUCAUCAGCUCACGCUGUCCCCUCAUCUGCAAGCUCAUCAUCAAUCAAUGCUGCGUCUUUAUCUACUCAAGCGAUAAAGGCAACCAAACAAAAGUCACCGUUAUUAGAAGAGCCAUGGCAAACCCUACAAGAUUGUGCCCAGAAAGUUAGCCAGAAACGAUCAAUGCCGUGUCUUGAAUAUGAUUUGUCCUCAAUGUCGGAAACAAGAGCAGGGCUUUUCCAACACGCUUAUGAUUCGCUGCUUUUGUUCCAAGAUAAUGGAGAGGACAUCGUUACACUAAAAGACGCGUUCGUGGCGCUCUCCUGCACAAUGAACCUCUCUGGUCCAAAUUUAAAAUCGUAUUUUUCAAAAGAAAUCCUGGAAUUGGCAGCCCAUGAUACCGAGCUGCUCAACAAGCAAAAUAAGAUUGCGAACUUGCUCGAGCCAUUUCAUGAGAACCUGUGCAGGAACGACUUGGAUAUUUCCAAACUCCUACAGUUUGCGGUAAAACGCAAAGCUGAGCUGAUGGAAGCCGGCCAGGAUAAUGAGAUGGAAGGAAAAAUCACUGACAUAAUUGAGUGCUUAUGUCGUUUUAUAGCUUCCCCAGAAAUGCGAGUAGAGGAGCCAUUUUCGGAGGCGGAAGUUGUUGAUAUCUGGAGGAGUAUCUUUAAAAUCCUCCUCAGAGACACCAACGUCUAUAUAAAGAGUGGUGAGACCGUCGUCAUUGCAGCGAAAGGUGUCCAAGAGAUAUUGAACAAAGAGUUUGGUGACCAUAGCACAUAUGGUCGCAAAGCGGAUAUGUUGUUUAAGUCCAAGUCUGAGCUGUGCAAUUUCGAAUUCAAGGCAGAAGGAACGCCGCCAUCAGAGAUGCUGAUACAGAAUCGAAAAAACAUCAGGUUAAAUCGGUGUAUUCUUGAACAUUUGCGGCGGCUCGGUGUUUCCCGGCCAAGGAUAGUAUUUGCAGACUUUCAAGGGUUUUCUGGAUGUGUGUUUUUACUUCAGUCAUUUAAGGACGUUUACACAAGCAAGUGCAUUGACUAUUUGUCUGUGCCACGAAAUGCAACAGAGUUGAAAGAACUUCUUAGAGAUGGAGACUUGAUAGCAUCGCUCCUAGCCAUAAUGAAGCACCUUCUUGAUUCAGAGCAAGAGGGAGCGGCGUUUUUCAAGCUCCAUCUAUCUCAGUCCCACCAAAUAUAA